AUGGGUAAAGCAAGGAAAACGUCAAGAAAAAAUGUUACGAGGUCCUGUUUAACGUGUAAAAAGAAAAAAGUAAAAUGUACAGGCCACCUGGGUCCUAAACCGUGCGAAAAUUGCAAAAAGCGGAAUAUUAGUGCAGAUGACUGCAUCUUUGAACCGCCCACCAGGAGGGGUCCGCAAAAAAAGAAGGAAGUUAUUGAUUCUAAUGAUCCCCCCGAAUCUUUUACUGACAAUGAAGAAGUUGAUGCGUUUCUUCAAUUUGACGACAUAUCUUCGGAAUCAUCAAGUCAAUCGACUACGUCGCAAGACCUUGAACUUCUACCAUCACCAGCAACUGAAACUUUGGCAGUAAUUCCCAUAACCCAGGACAUUCACACCGUAACUCAUUACUUGCUCCUCGCUACCGUAACUCGGUACAUCUUUCUCCCAGGACAAUAUACACCUGCACCAAACCCAGGACAAUAUUCACCAGGACAACCAGCGCCAAAUGCACCAAACCCAGGACAAUAUACACUUGCACCUAACCCGGACAGCUUGUUUCAGGACAACUUGCCCCAAAACACUUGGGACCUUGCCCAAACAGUCACACUAUCACCGGGUCCAUUUGUCGGUGCACCAUCGCUAUGUGACUUCCAGGACGUGCCUUGUAGCGGUCCUCCGGGAGUGCUUCCCGCAUGGGAAGCACUGGAGGUCACUGGUUUGGUGACCCCUGAAAAUGAAUUUGACGAAUAUUCUGAUACUAUGAACGCCAUCUCUAACGUGGAUACUGCGAACGCAUAUUCGCACCUUAACGAAACAACAGAUGAUAACAUGCAACCUUUUAACGAAACAUACUCUCCUGGGGGGCAUUAUCAAGAUGAUAAUGCAACCUUUUAA